ACAGCUAAGGUGGCAAAACACCGAAGAACCUCAGGAUGUCUGUAAUUCAGCAAGGGACGGCAACACUUCGCAAAGCAAAGAAGAUCACUGUAAAAACGUGUCUAGAUAACCCCUUUGUUUUUCAGUGGAAAACUAUAGAUGGAGAAGAUAUGCAUUUUAUACUACAGACUCUAGAAGAAAGGAUUAAACAUACUGGACUUAAAAAGAUUGAGACUCCAAGAAAGAAAAAGCGCUCCCUUACAAAAAAGCAAAUGGAAAAAGAGUGUGAUGCCAGCACCAACAAACUCCCUGAAGAAGAGGAAACAGAAGGCCAUCGACAAAAACCAGGAUGGACUGACAUAAAUAUCAGAAGACAGCUUGCUAUUGGAGUUAAUGAAGUUACAAAAGCAUUGGAAAAAAAUGAUCUACUUCUCUUGCUGGUGUGCAAGUCUGCAAAACCUGCCAUGAUCACAUCGCAUCUUAUUCAGCUGAGCGCAAGUCGAGCCACACCAGCCGGCCAGGUUCCCCGUCUCAGUGAAACUGUGGCGCCACUUCUUGGCUUAACAUCCAUUUUAGCUCUAGGCUUUAAAAAGCAGUCUGAUAAAUUUACUGAAGCAAUAGAAGCAAUAAUUCCAAAGAUACCAGCUUUGGAAGUGCCGUGGUUUCAGUACGGAAUGGAAGAAUCUGCAGCUCGUGCACAUACAGAUUCUUCAGAAAAUCAGGAACCAGAGCAGCUUGCAGAGGAGCUGGGGAAUGAGCUCGCAAGCCAGAAGCGGAAGCGUAUGGAAAGCAAUCAGCUCGAUCUUUCACAUGUAAUUUUGCAGCCUUUGAAAAUCAAGAAACUUGUUCCAAAUCCAAAUAAGAUAAAGAAACCACCUCGCAAAAAGAAAAAAGCUUUUUCCGCAUAACUGAUUUUAGUUUGGUUCUUCAUAUUAAACUGAUUUUUUUAGUGCAGUACGGAGUACAGCUCUAACUGAGCUAUUUUGUUAGGCUUUACAGUGUAAAGCACUUGAAUACAAGGUGAACUUCAUGUUGCAUUCAGUUGAGAUACUUUCUGCUUUAAUAAAGAAUAUUGCUCA